AUGAGGUUCGAGUUUUCGAGCGGGUUUGAAGACCUGGCAUUCGUUCUGAAGUGCCUCAAUGGCAAUGCUGAGCUGGAAAGGGUGGACAAGGGAGUGAGGCUUCUUUGCGAUGGUGUAAGCCAUGAAGGUCUGGAUGAUGUACUGGCUGCCCUGUACAGAAUCUACGAGCCAAAUCAUGAUCACAGGAGCAUAAGGGAAACAAAGAGACUGAGGGAAAGUCCGGAGACAAGAAAGAUAGAGGUAAGCAUAUCGAGCCUGACUUCGUUUUAUGGACUGUACUGCCUGAUGAUCACGCAGGGUACAUUAAGAAACAAACUGUUCAUUGACCAGAUGGUAGAGAAGAUCAUGCCAUCUGUGAGACUAGACCCCGACUUUCAAUUGCUGGAUAUUCAGGCUGGAGAGAUAGUAAGUAUCGGAGAUGUUCAGGGCCUUGACAAGCUUUAUUCCGAAGACGUUGUUGCGAGGGAAAGAAUACAGGUGCUGAGUGGGCUAAGAGAGCAUGUGGCAAAAGAAGAGAUGCUAGGAAACAAAUUCCUCUUUGUUACAAACAUAAAGCCUGCCAAGUUCAAGGGACAGGUUUCCGAGGGGAUGAUUCUGUGUGUAAAGGGACCAGAUGGAAAGAUCGAACCGAUUAGGAUGCCAGGGGAAAUUGAGAACGGGUCUAGACUAGAGCUUGAGGGGUUUGAGACACCUAUUAGUGACUUUAGUUCUGGUAAGAUCGACAUGAGGAGGAGCGGGUAUAUAAACGCUCUUGGAUCAUUCAAAGUUGUUGGCCAUUUUCUUACUUUCAAGGGAAGUAAAGUUACUUGCAGAGGAAAGUAUAUCAAAACCAACAUAUCGGAUGGGCCAAUGAGCUGA